AUGUUGUUCAAACUUGAGUUCAUGCUAUUGACCCUCCUAGGGCUCAAUACAUAUGCCACCCCUCUGCCAGCAGCAAGUGAAAUGCAACUCACCAAAAGGGACGCUGGCUUGAAUGCGUUUUUGGGCAUUCUUAUCGAUCACCUACCUGCUGUCAGUGAAUCUCUUACUGAAAGUACGAGUCUCAUUACUAGCUUCGACAAACUCCUGGGCGCUUUGACUGGUGCACAAGAAACCUACAAUGAGGCGGGAGGGACAUGUAAAGAAUGGACCGUGGUAUUUGCUCGUGGCACAGCCGAGCCUGGCAAUGUGGGAGUACUCGUCGGACCACCCUUGUUUGAUGCUCUGGCCGACAAAUUCGGGCGUUCUGCUCUCACUAUUCAAGGAGUGAAUGAUUACUCGGCGUCGGUCCAAGGAUACUUGGCUGGAGGAGACGCAGCUGGAACUGCAGAAAUGGCUCGACAAAUUGAGUCUGUGAAAUCUCAAUGCCCUGAUACGAAAUUGAUUGCAUCUGGCUACUCUCAAGGUUGUCAAAUCGUGCACAAUGCUGUUGCGAAGCUUGAAGCUACAACUGCAAGCUGGAUUAGCAGUGUUUUGCUUUUCGGAGACCCUAAGGAUAAGCAAGCCCUUUCGAACAUUCCUGCCUCAAAGGUGUACACAGCAUGUCAUGCCGGAGACGAUAUCUGCAAGAAUGGCGUCUUGAUUGGCCCUCCUCAUCUGACUUACGCUCUGGAUGUCACUGAUGCUGUCGCAUUCGCGGCAAAUGCGGCGUAG